AUGGAGCGCGAGUUCGUGAAUUUUUUUCAAAAAUUUGAAAUCCCAGGAAACAGGGAGAGCUCAACCUACGCAGAAAAGCUACAGCAUGACGAGUGUAGAUUAGUGGUGAACUUGGACCAUGUACGAAUGUUUCGACCAUCGUUGGCGCAGAGUAUUUUGAAUGACCCAGGUACAGCACUGAGCGCCAUGAAGACAGCUGUGGAAUCUCUUUCAGCCAAAUUAACGAGUGCCGUUCAUCUCAGCGUAUCAGGAAACUUUGGAAGUUAUGAACUUUCGCCGAGACAGCUGCUUUCAAGAUAUAUCAAUAAGAUGGUAAAAAUUCACGGCAUCGUGACGAAGUGUUCUGCUGUGAACCCAAAAGUUCAAACUCUUGUUCAGUACUGUCCUAGUACAGGAAAACUUUCCAAUGGUCAGACGUAUCGUGAUGUGACCACACUCACUGGUAACAUUACUGGUAGCAGCUAUCCGAUCAGAGACCAAAGUGGAAACGCAUUAGAAAUUGAAUAUGGACUCGGUACAUACAUAGAUCAUCAACGUAUAUGUGUUCAAGAACUACCAGAAAAGGCGCCUGCUGGCCAACUACCAAGAUCAAUAGAUGUCAUUCUGGAGGAUGAUUUAGUCGAUGCAUGCAAACCAGGUGACCGAGUCAGUGUGGUUGGAAUCUAUAAAAUUGUUCCAGUUCAACAAAGUAGCACUUGCGUGUUUCACACGGUUUUGGUAGCAAAUCACUGUGAGAAACUACUCAAGGAAGCCUCUAUAGUUCCAAACCUGAAUGAAGUUGAAGAUAUGAAAAAAAUGGCUCAUUCGAUCGAGGCAAACCAACUUCUAAAGUUACUUGGUCGCUCUUUGGCUCCAUCCAUCUGCGGACACGAACACAUCAAGCAAGCAUUGAUACUCCUACUUGUUGGCGGUAAUGAGAAGAACUUAGAAAAUGGCGCGCACAUACGAGGUGAUAUUAAUUGCCUGCUCGUUGGCGAUCCCUCGGUCGCCAAAUCUCAGCUAUUGAGAAGUGUCAUGGGUGUUGCACCGUUCGCGAUCAGCACAACUGGUCGUGGAUCAUCUGGUGUUGGGUUGACAGCGGCUGUGACAAGCGAUGCAGAAACAGGAGAACGUAAAUUAGAGGCAGGUGCAAUGGUUCUUGCGGAUCGCGGUGUCGUUUGUAUCGAUGAAUUUGACAAAAUGAACGAUAUCGAUAGAGUUGCGAUACACGAAGUCAUGGAACAGCAGACAGUCACAAUUUCGAAGGCUGGCAUACAGGCAUCCUUAAAUGCAAGGUGCAGUGUUGUUGCUGCGGCAAAUCCGUUGUAUGGAAGUUAUGAUCACGCUCAAAGUCUUUCAAGGAAUAUAAAUUUACCAGACUCACUUUUGUCACGAUUUGACUUGCUUUUUAUUAUCCACGACACUUCAGAUGCCUCUGUGGAUCGCACGGUCUCCUCACAUGUUCUUCAGCUCCACGCACAGUACUCAAGUAUAUUGAAUGCACAAAGCAACCGGAUUGGUGCCGAGUUGAGGACGCCAAUCGAAACACGCAAUACAGAACGAUGGAGUUUUUGCAGCGCCCGCACCGAUCCUGAAGGAGGUACUCUCUCGAAGGGAGACCUGCAGAAGUAUUUGAGCUUUGCAAAAGACAGGCCUUGGGUGCAGCAACUGACAACUGAGGCUGAACUAUGUAUCGCAGAGCAAUACGCCAUUUGGAGAUUAGCGAAGGUUGGAAAAAGCAAACAGGCCGCAAGCUCUGUCCCAAUUACCGCGCGUACACUUGAGACGAUGAUCCGUUUAGCCAGUGCACACGCAAAGCUGAGACUAUCGAGAAGUAUUGACAAAAUGGAUGCACUCGAGGCUAUACGCUUGCUGAAAUAUACUGUAGACGCGAGCGACGGAGCUUCAGUCUCGUUGGGUUCAGACUCGUUUGGCGAAACGUCUCAGGAAGGAGACAGUACCCUCUUCAAGAAAGGCUUCAGCGUACUCCGUGCACAUCGGAAUGCCAUACCAUUGGACGAACUGACAAGAAGCGCAACGACGUGGUCACCGAAUCUGAACGCUGAAGCAGUCAUGCGCAUGCUAGAAGAUAUGCAAAACUCGAACGAGAUACUUGUUCAUGAAGGCACGGUGCACAUUAUUUAG